CCAUCAGAUUCAGGAACUAAGACUUUGAAGUCAAGAAUUAUCAAUUCUUGAAAAUUGCAACAGAAGCAAAUGAAGAAAGAGAUGAUAGAAAAAAAAAAGGCUCAAGGGAGCACCAAACUUUAACCUAAUUUGUUCAGGUAAAACAGCAAAAAUCAAGUGAUAAUGAUGAUAAGAUGUAUAUUCAUAUAUAUUAUAGAUUAUACUUCUGCAUCACCCUUUCCAGAUACUAUUCUGAGGAGCUGCAAAGGGUUGAGAAAGUAGUGAAAAAUUAGAAUAAUUUAAUUUCAACAGUUUCUGUCAGGUGGACUUGCAGAAUUCAUCAGCUCAAGUUAAUCACCUCUUUUCUAGCAUGGUCAGGUGCUGCUGAUGUAUUAUACAUACAGUACCCAUUCACGAAGUAACCAAAACUAACUAACAAAAAAAAGCUUAAGUAGUUAAUGAACUCACUCCAAAUGGACCUGUAUAUGAUACUGUUAACAAAGCCAUGCAUGUGGAGAGAGAGAGAGAGAGCAAACAUAAAAUUACAGUGGAUGGAUAUCACGUCAAAAACAACAUUUUGUGAGAGAAGAUGAAAAUAAUAUCAUGCAAUUGCUGUUAAUAUGUGAGGCAACUGCAUGCCUUUCAUGCCUCUUGAUCACUACUUAUACGUUUGCCUUAAAUAUUAAAAUCUUUUCUAUUAUUAUCAUUGUUACUGUACAGAAAAGAUUGGAAUUGCAUCACCAUUACAUAACAUAACCAUCCUUUUUCUCCUUUUGCUGAGUUAUCUGCCCAUCAAUAUCAAUGGGGAGACCUCCUUGCUGCGAUAAAUCGAAUGUCAAAAGAGGUCUUUGGAGUGCAGAAGAAGAUGCUAAGAUACUUGCUUAUGUUUCUAAUCAUGGCAUUGGUAACUGGACCUUGGUGCCUAAAAAAGCAGGACUGAACAGAUGUGGAAAGAGUUGUAGGCUAAGGUGGACUAAUUACUUGAGGCCUGAUCUAAAGCACGAUAACUUCACUCCUCAAGAAGAAGAACUUAUUAUUAAUUUUCAUAAAGCUAUAGGUAGCAGGUGGUCCUUAAUUGCACAGCAGCUGCCUGGAAGAACAGACAAUGAUGUCAAGAACUAUUGGAAUACUAAGCUGAAGAAGAAACUUACAAAGGUAGGAAUUGAUCCUGUAACCCAUAAGCCUUUCUCACAGAUACUUUCUGAUUAUGGAAACAUUAGUGGUAUAAUAAAUUCUGGAAACCCAAUUGGCUCUUUCAAUAAAUUCUUAAAUAACAACAGCAAUACAAAUAAUCUUAUCCCCAAACCUGAGCCUUCUUCUGUCUUAACUGGACCUUCGAGUUCUAAUAAAAUCCUGGCGCCUAGCAGCUUAGAGCAGCAAGUUCAGGAUAAUCAUCCACCAUGGAAUCUUCUGCCGCAGUUUCAAUUCGCUAACCAUGACAUAAUGCAGCCGCAUUUCUUUAGUGAAGUCAGUUCUUCUUGCUCAUCUUCAUCUUCCACUACUCUCACACAACUAAACUCCCCGAGAUCUUAUUCCUGCCAACAAUCUCAGCCUCCAACUACACCUUCUCCUUGUCUAUGGAGUGAAUUUCUUGUCAGCGAUCCAGCAUUAUCCGCAGACUUUCAGCAGCAGCAGCAACAAGAGAAUGAUUCUAAUGGGAGGGUGUCAUCAUUAACCUUGGACGAAAAGCAUAUAUCCCAUGACAAGUUUGGUGAUGGAAAUGAAGGUUUUGGAUCAUAUGAAGAUAGAGGAACAAUCAAUGGCAGUCAAGCAAAUACAGACAUUUCUCCGUGUUCUGCAACUUCUUUUUUGGAUGGUAUCUUGGAUAAGGACAGAGAAAUGAGUUUGCAAUUUCCUGAACUUCUGGAUAUUUCCUUUGAUUACUAAGAACUUCUAACCAUAGAUUCAUUGUAUGUUUUUUACAAGAAAACGCAGGAGACUGUUUUAGAUAUUAACCUGAUAGAUGUAUGAAAUUGGCGAGAAAAGCCAUAUUACAUAAUAUCAAGCAAUACUUAUUUAUCUAA